GUUGUUGGUUAGCAAGGACAGGAGACAGGAGCCGGCGGAGCCCGUGGGGUUACGUACUGUAUAUGAGUUUGUAAGUGUCUAAGCUAUCUGACUGCAGUCGUGAUGUUGCAGGUCGAGCAUAUGCAUGUAUCACUCAGUUGUUGUCUCCCUCCCGUCGUGAUGAACACAGUACGUACGUUAUGUAUACUUUGUACGUACGUCGUAGUAGCCCCGUGCGGGGCAUACCAAUGGUUCGUCAGUAUUGCGGUCAUCGGUCAUCACUACCAAAGGUAUACCAUGUACGGAUUUCUCCACGCAUAGGUCCAUCGUUUUCAACUUCGGAUUAAAAGCAGGAAGUCGCAGUUCCCUCAUUUUGGUUCGCUGCUA